AUGGAAGGUGAAGAUGAUAUGUUUUUUGAUCUAUCGCAAUCCGUAAAUUACAUUUGUAAGAAAAUAGUCGUACUAUGGCAGAAAAACGGUCGGAAAAAAUCAUCCGUCUUAAAAUAUCAUUCCGAAUGGUUAGGCUUCAAAGAAGUUAUUGCAUUAAGGACAGAAGCCGCUUCUAUAACAACUACAACGCCUGAAUCAUCCUCAAAUAAAAAACGUGGGCGUCCACAAUCAGAUUAUUCCCAAUCUUCAAAAAGAACUAAACAACGAAGAUUGGCAAAAUUGGCAGAAAAUGAUGAGUCCGCUGCUAAUGCCUUACGUGAGACAGAUUCUGUACCUAAACACUCUUAUGUGGAAUUAAAGACCAGCGAAGUUCUAUCAGUCAUACUGGAAACAAAUUUAUCAAAACAUCAGUAUUUACUUAUUCGCGAAUUUAUAAACUCUAAACUGUCCUUUGAUUUGUUUCCGGGUUAUAAGAAGGUUCUAAAGGAAAAAAAGAAAAGUUAUCCCAAUAAAAUUACAGUAAGUGAAUCGCAUGCUGAAGUCGACUUGCAAAGUUUACUAGACCACACGGCCUCACGCAUAUUAGAUCUCCAAAGCGACGUGCUGAAAGAUAUUCCCAGUGAAUCUGUAAACAAACUUGUUUUGAUAGUCUCAUUCUUUGGCGAUGGCUACAUAUCGAUGCCACUGCAAGAGGCGAAAAUGUCUACAAACAUACGUGUAAAAUUUCGUACAGCUCAGGAGAAUGCAUUUCUAUUUAUGGCUGCCGGACGAACAGAUUAUUGUCUAAUGCGGCUGGAGGCAGCUGCCAUUACUUUUACCUAUAAAAUAGAACGCAAUACAGUACAGUUACGUUCACCGAAAAAACAGAAGCUCAACGAUUUGGAAUGGCAUGAUGUCGCCGUCCAACGCUAUGAAAAUAAUAUCACCUUACAGGUGGAUGGCAAUAUUAUAAGAAAAACAUUGCCGGCGGAUAUGGGAGCAUUAAAUGUUCACUUUGGCACUUCGCUGGGUGGCCCGGGUGAAUAUUCACCUGAUUAUUUGAAUGAUUUGGCCAGUUUUAGAGGAUGCAUAUCAGAUGUCUUCUACAACAAUAUCAACGUAAUCAAGCGGGCCAAGGAAGGUACAGGUCACACGGAUAGUAAACAAGUCUCAUGGACUUGUAGUGCUGAAUUCAAUGGAACCACUAAGGAUGCUAUAAGCUUUCUCAAUACCGAUUCCUAUGCUCUAAUGGCCAAGGAAUCACACCCGGCUGGAGAGAGUGUAUCACUGCAAUUCCGUACGAUGGAAGAAACUGGAGUCAUUUUCUAUAACGGCGGUUUCGAUUAUGUGCUGGUGGAAAUUGAAAAUAAACUACUGAUUUUUACCUUUCACAAAGAGGGUAGUCAAAUCAAGUUAACCUCCAAUGAUUCCGUGGCAGAUGGUAAAUGGCAUAAACUGGUGAUGCGUUAUAAUGCCGAAAUGGCGGAAGUCACUUUAGAUGAUCAAAUUUAUCGGGGACAGCAUGAUAAUGACACUAAGGCUACCAUUAGUUUGGAGAAGAGUUUCUUCGUUGGCGGAGUGCAGGAGGAACUGAGACGUCGCCUUUGGCAUAAGGGUCUGCGUAUUAAUGAUAAUAGUUUUAUGGGCUGUAUGAAGGACGUGCAUAUAAACGGCAAAGAUUUGGGUUUUCCACACAUCAAUAAGUCACAGCAUUUGGAUUUGAAUUGUGUUUGGAAAUAUCCCUGCGUAGAACAUGAACCUUGUUUGAAGAGUGGUUACUGUAAUCAGUAUGGGGUGGAUGAGUUUAUAUGCUAUUGUGAUCAAUCGUAUUGUAUUAAAGCGGAUUUUCAAGGGCCAUAUAAGAUCUUCACCGAAACCAGUCCAACCCUGGAACUACUCUACGUUUCCCCCAUGCAGCUGCUGGAGGGUGGAACAGUUUUUCUCUCACCGAAUUUCUUGGAUACCCUAUUGGAUUAUCGCAAAACUCCUGGCGUCUCUGAGUCAUCCAUUGUCUUCCACGUUGUACAACAGCCCCGUUAUGGUCAAUUGUUACAAUUCUCCCAAGAGAAAAAUAACUUCGUGAUAUGUCGCACUUUCAAUAUGGUGGACCUGUCCACAGACAAGGUGAAAUAUGUUCACAAUGGGGCGGAAAAUUUCAAUGAUCAUGCCAUGUUGGAUAUGCAGAUCUAUGGCGAUAUACACAAGGUGCCGGAAAAUAUUUUGGGAAAACAUCGUUUUAUGUUGCAUGCCAAUAUCACGCCGAUCAAUGACCCGCCUCAACUGCAAAUACCCUCAAAUAAAAUUCUGCGAGUCAUUGAAGGAAUUGAAAAGAAUUUGGAUGUAGAUCUUUUUAAUAUUCAAGAUCCUGACAGUCCACCCAAUGUGCUGAUGUAUACCAUUUUGCCCUCUACCAAUCCUCAGGAAUCCUUUGGACGUUUCAUUAUCAAUAAUCGUCCGACCAUGACUUUCUCCCAGGCCGAUGUUAAUACGGGAAAGGUGACAUUCCUCUAUAAUACGACGACGGCGGAAUCGUUUAGCUAUCAGCUUCUGAUGCAUGUUUCCGAUGGUAUUGAGACCAGUGAUACGGUAUUUUUAUCAGUUUCGGUUCACCCUCUGGAAUUACGAUUGGUGAAUAAUACCGGUCUGAUAAUGAUCCACAAAUCUUCGUUACUCCUUACGCCUUCGAAUUUAUCGAUUGGCACCAAUGCUGCCGAUGAAAAUAUCGAUAUUCGCUAUGAUAUUGUAAAGGCGCCUCAGUAUGGAGCUAUACAACGGCUGCGUCAGGUUGAUGCCACCUGGGUCAAUGUGGAUUGGUUCAGUGAUAGUCAGCUACAGCUGGGCCACAUACGUUAUCUGCAUAAUUUGGAAUUUCCCUGGCAUGAUGAGUUUAAGUUUAUUGCCUCCUUUGGUUUUGUGACCACCCAAACCUUUGAUUUCCGUAUUACCUUUACGCGUUUGCGUAUAAAUUCCCGAAAACCAUCUAUGAUAGCCAUAAAUGGAUCCAGAGAAUUUAUUUUGACCAAUGAAGUGUUGUCGUACGAAACCGUGCCCAUUGAGACCUUCCCUCGCAAUAUCAUCUACAAAAUUAUUAGUCCCACCAAAUAUGGCAACAUUUAUGUGGAGGGCUCUCGGAAAUUCGCCAAGGAAAUGGAUUCAUUUACCCAAUUGGAUAUCGAUAAGAAUCGCAUACGCUACAAGACCCAUCAUUCGGCCUACUCCAGUUUUCGUGAUUAUCUGGAAUUUGUUGUCUCGGUGGCGGAAUGUGAUGAUGUGAUCGGCAAGGUGACAAUUAUGUUUACCCCACGAGAUGACCUGGUCAAUAAGUUAUCCUAUCAAACCAAAGAAAUUCUCAAGGUCCAAGAGGGUGAAAGAGCUUUGAUAACGAAAAAUCAUUUUGAAAUACGUUUCAAUAUUUACGAAAGUCUGCGAUUCGUAGUGACUCAAAAACCCAAAUUCGGUACCCUGUGUCGUUAUGAUGAACGGGACCACAAAGUGAUUAUGGCCAGCGAAUUUACGCUGGAGCAAAUGUUUCUCAAUGAAAUCUAUUAUUGUCACGAUGAUACUGAGUCAACAGAGGACUUAUUCGAUUUACUUAUUUUGUCAAGUGAGGAAACCGAUUUACAAUUUGUCUCACGGAUCGAUGUGAGAAUCAGCCUUCAUAAUGAUAAUGCUCCAUAUCGUACUAUGGAACGUAUAUUUCAUGUUAUGCGGGGCGGUAUACGAACCUUGAAUUCAGAUGUCUUGCAGUAUUUGGAUGCCGAUGUGGAUACAAAUACUUCGAAUAUCCACUACCUGCACAUAUCCUGCAAUAAUGGAGCAUUCUACAAGUCUGGUCAUUAUGUGGAUAGUUUUACCCAAGAUGACAUAGCCAAUAGGCGUAUAAUGUUCCAACAUACUGGAGCCGAUGUGGGUACCGCCUCAUUUAUUGUCAGCGAUCAAAUGCAUAAUGUCGAUGGGCUGUUGGAAAUUCAUGCCUCUGACGCCUUUGUUUCAAUGUUGGCGGGUAAUGCCACAAUUGUUCAGGAGAGUAAAUUUGUAAUACUCCGCAAUAAAGAUUUUGUUUUGGAAACAAAUUUAGAUAUGAAAUUGGAUGAGAUCUACUAUGAGGUAAUUAAGCCUCCGACCUAUGGCAUACUAAUGUAUUUGGGGAGACCACGAGGAUACACGGAGGAUACAUAUGGGUCGUCUUCGGCGUCCUCACAUUACAAGUCAUCAAAUUUAACUUCGUUAAGCAACUUCACCCAUUUGGAUAUUGAACGGGAUCGUUUGGUCUAUUGGAACACGGAAAUUGCUUCGAUGGAUAAGUUGAGAUACCGCGUCCACAUUAAAAACAUCAGUGCCGAAGGCGAGGUUCUGUUCCGCAUAUAUCCCUCUGCAUAUUGGGAACCGCUGCAGGUGAAAAAGAAUCAAACGCUGUAUGUUGAAGAAUCGACAAGCGUACUGAUUUCCCGUGAUGUCUUGGAGGUUGUCCAUCCGAAUAUCUCCCCCGGUGAUAUAACCUUCCUUGUUACAGCCUCUCCUCUGCAUGGCUACCUAGAAAUGCAAUCCAUGUCCUUCGAUGAUGAAUACAAUUGCAAAGUGUUCGAUCAAUCGGCCAUCAAUACCGAGAAAAUGUUCUACAUUCAAGCGGGGGUAAAUCAAUCAAGUGACUAUUUUAUAUUCGAUGUAACCAAUGGCAUCACCUGGCUGCGGAACCUUAUGCUCCGUAUAGUCAUUAUCCCCGAAAAGUUAUAUAUGCAUACGAACACCAUAUCAGUGGUGGAGGGUAAAACGGUGCAACUAACCUCUGCGGAUAUACAACCCUUCUCAGAAUAUUAUCGUGGUAAAAUAUUGGAAUAUAUUAUCACCUCCAAUCCCUCGGCGGGUUAUAUUAUGGCUUCGAAUUCGAAAGUGAAGAGAUUUACCCAGAAACAAUUGGAUCAGGGUGCGAUACAUUAUAUCCAUAAUGGUAGUGAAAAUUCGACAGAUGUUAUGACGCUGAUUGCAACGGCAAGGAAUAAGGAAAGUGUGCCCUUCGAUUUGGAAUUUUCCGUGGUGCCGGUGAACGAUGAACAGCCGGUGGUGGUAACCAACACGGGACUGCAGGUGUGGAAUGGAGGGAGGUAUAUAAUACGCUAUACGGAUUUGAUGGCUCGUGAUUAUGACACUCCACCGGAAAAUCUCACCUUUGUGGUGAAUCACAUUUAUGGUGGUUAUUUGGCCUUUAAAAGUGAUCCGGAAUCGAAAAUCGAAAACUUCACCCAAAAUGACAUCAACAAUGAACAGGUCUAUUUUAUACACGAUUCAAAUUCCCGACGCAAUGAAAUGUCCUUUAUGGUCACGGAUGGUCUGUUCAAUACGACGGAGCAGGUUCUGAAUAUUGCCAUCAAACCCAUUGAAAUUAUUGAAGAACGAAAUGAAAAUCUCCAUGUCUUCCCGUUGACAAAGAAACAAAUUCUACGCGAUCAUUUACAUUUCCGUUGUUCGGACGAAGAGCGGGAGAUUCGAUACAACAUAACAGUACCCCCCACCUUGGGUCGUAUUAUCAACGAAUAUAUGAUUAUGGAUAAUGGCCAGCCGAGAGAAGUGUCGGAAUUCACUCAAUACGAUAUUGAUAAUGGUCAUAUAUUUUACGAACACACAGCUGUUGUCAUCGAAUUUCGUAUCAAUGAUUCGUUUAACUUCGAUGUCAUUGCGAAAAGGAGUGAUCGUUUGUUGGAUCAAAAAUUCAAUAUUGAAAUAUCGGUAUCUUCGGGAGGUCUGCUGAGAUUUUUACCCGUUUCGAAGUUGAAUGUGGAUGAAGGUGGUUCAGUGCCAAUUAAUUUAGACUUCUCCAAAAUGUUGGAAUAUCUUAAGACCCGAGCUGGUAUUAAUAAUCCGGAGUUAUUUAUUGAAUCGGUUCAGAAGCCUAGCCAUGGCACCAUUGGUUUGGGUCAUGAAUUCCGGCCUACCCAAAAAUUCCAUCCAAGUGAUUUCUUUACCCGGAAGGUGUACUAUAUUCAUGAUCAUACCGACACUUUGGAGGAUACCAUUUUGAUGUCGGUAUAUUUGGAACAGGGCCACAUUUUCCUCUGCAAUCUCACCGUGCCGGUUAGCAUAAAUCCCAUUAAUGAUCAACCCUUCAAGUUGAUAACCCAUCAACCCCAGAUGACAGUGGUUGAGGGUGAAAAUCGUACAAUAACCCGCAACAUUUUAGUAACCGAAGAUAAGGAUACACCUCCGGAAGAAAUCAUCUAUGACAUUAUGAGCGGUCCAACAUUGGGGGUAUUGAAGAAAAUCUCCAAAGAUGGUGUGGCCGAGGAGCUACUGGCCUAUUCCAACCAAUUUACCCAAGCCGAUAUAAACAACGAUCGUAUAGUUUAUGUACAUUUCGGAACUCCGCAAUCGACUACAUUUUGCUUCACGGUGUCGGAUGGGAAAUUUAAUCCCGCCUAUGAAAUAUUUACCAUCAAAAUUGCACCUAUAUCGAUAGUGCCGACGGCACAACAAUAUCCGGUGACGGUCCAGCAGGGUGCCACCACCGCUGUUAUGAAAUUGGAAAAUAUUGGCAUUAAGACAAAUGCUCAGAUCCAAAGGUUGUCGUAUAACAUCACUAAUUCUCCUCUCUAUGGUAUUAUUGUGCUGAAACAUCAGCCCACAUUGCGGUUUAAUCAUCAGCUCUUGGAAAUGGGUCAGAUCAAUUAUAUGCAAACGGAUUUGAAUCGUUCGAAUGAUACGUUCCAGGUUAGUGCAUAUGUGCCGGGUACAAAUUAUGUGGCAACUGUAGAUGUGCUGGUCCAAGUGGAGCCGGUUAUAAAAAUCACUGAUAUUCCAAUGCAAGGAGUCCAGGCAGGGGAGAAAAUCCGUUUGAUGUCUCUCCUCGUGCCGGAUAAUCCUCUUUCCCUCAAGUUGAAUAAAUUCAAUCCGAAAUUCCUGAUAACCCGUCUACCCAGCACAGGACAGAUACGUAAAAUAAUACGCAGUUCGGGUCUAUCCAGUGAUGCCCAAAAUGAACGUCCUACCACUUCCUUUUCAUUUAAGGAAUUACGAAGUGGUGUAGUGUAUUUUAUACCCCACGAAUCGGCGGCAAAUACCCGGGCCGAUAAUGACAGUUUCGAUUAUCAGCUGCAUAUAAAGACCGUACAACCGGCCCAGGCUUCAGUGAAAAUUAUUUAUCGCAAGCCCGUCGACGAAAUGGCCAGAGAUGUCACCAAGGCCUCAACAGGGUUCUCGCUAAAUUAUGUAGCCAUUAUUUGUGCUGUAUUGAUUUUGCUGAUGUUGGUCCUGAUCAUAAUGUUGGUCUUGAAAUUCCGUUACUUGAAGAAACAUAAAGCCAAUAUUUCAAAGGAUCAACCCCCCUCUUUGCCCUGUCCACCAGAUUUGACCUCUGUCAGUCCUCAACAUCAUCAUCCCCAUCACAGUCCUCAUCAUCAUCAUUAUGCCAAUUCAGAGGCAGACUCUGUGCCCGUUACUGGCAAUUCAACACCCCUUCCGGGCUUCAGUAAUAUACCACAUUGUAAAAUUAUACCUGUCGAAUCAUAUAAACAUGAUUUCCCCGACUAUGAUCCUGAUGAGGAUGAAACCGAUGAUCAAUGUGAUCCACAGCAAAUGAUGUUGCCACAGCGUUACAAUCCAUAUCAGCUGGAGAAUGAUACCUGGAGUUCAUCGUGUGAUAUGGCUAAUGAUUUUGCAGGCUACUCAAGUGUGCCGCAAAGUAGUGGCCAAGCGGUAUCGGCAUCGACACCGCCUUCAGCGCCACCUAGUAAUCCUUUGCUAAGGCGUAAUCAGUAUUGGGUCUGA